AUUGAGCCCAGCGUGGUGUGUGCCUCUUUUGCUCAGCCCAAGGACAUCAGAUGGACUGAAAGUCAAGCCAGUGACAUCACCGAGAGGCAGGGAGAAAGAGCAGCAGCAGCUCCGGAGUGAGAGAGACCCACACACACACACACUCAUAUCCAGGGGGAGAGGAGGCGCUGGCUAAGGUCCCCCAGGCAGGAGGAUGUGAGAGUACAGAGACAAGACAGAGAGACACAGCAGAGGCUCCGGUGCCUUUCCUCGCCCCUCUCUCCCCUUAACCCAGGGCUCCGGGGAAAACAGGAUGCUGCUCUUACUGCUGCCGCCGCUGCUUCUGCUUCUGUGCUGGGGCGAACCCCGGCUCCAGGACGGGGACGCGCUGGUCGGCGGCUCCUGGAACACCAGCCGGCCCGAGCCGCUGCGAGAGCGGGCAGGAGCAGCAGGGGAGACCGGGAGAGCGAACAACAGCGAGCCCGAGCCGCAGGAGGAGACGGGCAGCGGCCUGGAAGACAGCACUUGCACCUAUAAGGUGCUGCUGAACGGGAGAGGAGGAGGAGCGGGGAGCAGGAUCUGCUUCAGGAGCACGGACAGCGGGUUCCGCUGCGGCCCGGGGAGCUGCCGGGUGUACCGCUCGGGCCCCUCGCUGGUGGCGAACGUGCUGGCGAACAGCAGCGUCUUCUUGCAGUGGCGGCCCAGGAGUGUGCGCCACCUUCGGGGCUUCCAGCUGAACUGCAGCUGGAGCGGCCUCUACACCCAGUUCCAGUGCGAGAGCGUGCAGCUCGGUGUCGCCUGCCGCGAUUACCUGCUCAGCAGCGUCCACGACAGCGUCGACUACCGCAUCUGCCUGCACACCCUGUACAGCGGCGGCUCCCGGCGAGACGAGGAGUGCCUGCAGUUCCGCGCCGAGCCCGCCGGCAUGCAGGACAUUGUCAUCGCCAUGACCGCCGUAGGGGGCUCCAUCUGCGUGAUGCUGGUGAUCAUCUGCCUCUUGGUGGCCUACAUCACCGAGAAUAUCAUGCACCCCGCCUUCGGCCGGCCUUCCGCCAAACGGGGACGUGAGGAUCGCGGGCUCACUACCUAACACACAUACACACACACACAUAAAACUCUCAUCUAUUGAACUAUAGGAACAAACAAAAAAAACUUUUCAGCAGCAGUAAUCAAAAGUAGCCAGGAGGAGGCAGAAGAAAAGGAGAAAGUUCACUUGGAAUCAGCCCCCUCACUGCAGGUUGAGUGGGGAGAAACACACACACACAUACACACACACAGGAGGGAUCUGACUGCAGCGUCGGGACUCCAGGUGUUGAGGGUCGACAGACACAGACAAGCGGCUCUACUUUGAGUUGGAAUGAACAGUGGCAGCAGCCGGCGCUGAGUCCCACUCCAAAAGUGACUUGCUGCCCUUUUCGGCGUCAAGUGGAAACGCUGACUGGCCAGAGGGAGCGGACUGCGGUCGCUCUCUGACACGAAGAAGCACAACAUGAGAGGAACUGGAGGAACACAGCAGGCCAGGCAGCAUCAAAGGAGCAGGAAAGCUGACGUUUCGGUUCGGGACCUUCACAUGAGAGGCCGUUUAUCUCCUGUUUGGAUCAAAUUCUGUUCAACUGGUGUGUUUUUUUUAAAAUUAACGUCACUUUCAGAGAACAGAUUCUGUCCCAUGUAAAUGUACAGGUAUCGCUCGAGGUAAAUAAAAUCCAAACAUUGACUGUAUGCGCUUUGUAUCCGGGAUCCGGAUGUUUUCAAACUGAGUUUGCGGGGGUUUUGGUGCGUCUAUUGCUCAUGAUGCACAAGUGAAAUUGUAUGGGAUUUCUGGGAUAGAGGGGGUACAGAGUGAGGGAGGAACAUAUCGCAGGGCCACUGACAUCCCGCAAUCCUCCUGCAAUCGGCUGGCUACAGGGAAAGAGAGGACCUGGAUACUGAGAAACGGGGCACAGCAGAGGGCCAGACACAGACUGAAUAGGUAUCGAGACCAAUACUGGAAAGUUGCUUAGAGAAGGGCGAAUAGAAAGAGGGACCUUAACGGGAGAGAGAGAGAGACAGCACACUUUUUAAAAAUUGCUGGAGAAACUCUGCAGGACUGGCAACAGGGAAGGAAGAGUUAACUUUUCCCGUUCAGAGCUGAGUUUCUCCAAAAUUGUUUCAGAUUUCCAGCAUUCGCCGUUCGUGGUUUUUAUCUGAGAGAGAGAGAGCACAGAAUGCAGGAGGCUGUUCUUGUCCUGCCUACCGAGCGCUAAACAAAUUUCGCUGAGGGCAUUCACAGAGUAAGAUUGUGGGAAAGAGGGCAAAGCAGCUGGAGUUAGCUUCUGUGCGUUUACAAAUCCCAAUCUUCACUGUUUGGGUGCAGAGAUUCAUUCUGUUAUUUUAGGGUGCAGCUGGAGGAACACAGCAGGCCGGGCAGCGUCAAGAGAUAGAGGAAAGCUGAUGUUCAGAAAUGUUAUUUCCCCGUUUGCACUUCGUCACAAAGUAUCAGUGACAGCCAGCGGAAUCUGAUACUGGGGCUUUGUUCCGGGAAAGGACAGAAUUUCCGGAAAGAGUUGCAGGGGAACUCUGAACGAAGCUUUCAACUAAUCCCGAAGCAACAGCUGAACUCCGCGUGUGAAAUACAAAUACCCUGAUUCAAGAUAGAGAUCCCAGAGUUUCAAUGAAUUUCUUGCAGAUUUAUUAGCUUUAUUGAUGCAACGUUUGUAUCAAUGUGGGUAUCCUCUGGUACCACGUUUACUGGCAAAGGGGAAGGUGGGUUUUACUGCUGGUGGAGAAAUUUUCUCCCUCGCACUGCGGGCAGAAUGAUCCGGUCAGAAAUAAACGAGAAAUGAAUCCUGGAAUUGGCAGACAGCCGGAACGGGGAAAGCUCGAGGUUAUGGGCGAAAGUGUGUAUGCGCUCCUAAUACUUGCAAACAUUUGCUGAGCGAUACCAAACCAGGGUUUUCAAAUAACCAAAAAUCGUACAGUGCUACUGCAAGGCAGGCGUCCCUUCAGCCCAUCGUUUCGCCCUAUUUAGCCCCUAUUUUCCAGCUCUUGGCCCGCAGCAUUGGUCUAUUGUGGCGAUGUGUUUGUAGAUCUAGAUUAACCAGGACAAAUAAUGCAAUGAUUCCACCCCGGUUUGACAAUUACUCCAUCUGUUUUUGUCUGUCAGUGGGGGAGAGCUAUGUGCGCAGAUCUUGAGGAAUCUAGUUCAAACUGCCUGUUAAUAACACCAUCAAUCUCAACAUCUAUUACAUUCAAACUUUUAAACGGACUAAAUUCCCUGCUGUUGGAAUCCCAACAUUAACUCCCAGCGGUGAAAUGAUUAUCAAAAAUCAUUCUAACUGAAAUUAUGUUUCUUUGAGACGAUUUUGUCCCUGCGGAGACGGAUAAUAAAGUGCUUUCCUGAAAA